AUAGACUACCGACGUUAUCUUACUUCCACUAGCUUGAACUUCCUAUUGGACAUGAUAAAAGUUGAUAAACCUCAGAUUUCCAAAGAAACUAUUACGACAUCUCGUAGUAUUUGUGGAAGUGAAAUCGAGUUUGGUGUUGUAUCUAUUUCAAAUUUUGAUAUGUGUCGGAAAAUGGCGCUUUUAAGAUUCAAUUGGGUUAACAUUUUCAUAAUCGUGUAUAUGACAAUAUUUUUCAUAGUUCAUUGUGCAGAAACAAAGAUUAAAAUUUUCAUGAACGACUCUAACGUUCAUGAUGUCUAUACUUUUGAGACAGGAGAUAAUGUCACAAUGAUCUGCAAAGGAGAUGCACCACUUGAAUGGAAAACACCUGUAGUGACAGAUGAACAAUAUGAAGAUUUCACAGGAAUUUCCAUAUCCAACUAUUCAAUCCAAGAGAAAAAUUACCAAUACGCUUCCCAACUUGAUAUAGUCAAUAUAACGUUUCCAUUUGUGGGUUACUAUAUCUGUUUUGAGAAGAAAAACUUAAAAAAUUCUGAGAAGAGAUAUUUUUAUGUUCAUGAUGAACAUCGCUUAGCUGUGAGAGAAACUAAGGCUAAUUAUGAAAUAAUAUAUUCCUCCAAGUAUACCAGAACAGUGGUACCUUGUAGACCAACAUCUCCUGAUGUCAACGUAACUUUAAUGACAGAAGGAGGCACUAUAGUGCCACUGAACAACACGGAUAAUUGUGAAUAUGCCUUCGGUUAUAAUCCAUAUGAAGGUUAUUUUUUUGAUGCCAAUUCCACAAGUGAUAACUGCAUCUUGAAAUGUCACUUUUCCAGGAAAAAUGUUUCUUACGACUAUUCAUUCCAGUUAGUGGUAGAACCACUUAAGUCACAUAUAGCCGAACCAUUCAUCAGUCAAACUAAGAAACAUUUCAUUGUUGGUGAUAAUUUGACCCUGGAAUGUACUGUGGACAGUGAUGUUUAUACAGAUAUUAUUUGGGAAUUUCCCAAAGAUGGAAUUGUGAGUUAUGAUACCUAUAGGUAG